GAAAUUGAUACGAAAUAUCUUAAUCAUGAAACAAUUCGUUUAAACGAAACGUGGUCAUAGACGUGAUACCUGUAAAUUAUUUAUUUUAGUGACAAAUAAACAUACGAUUUUUAAAGUGGAACUUCUUUAACGGCGUUGGAUUUUGUUUCCGUCGCGCGACACGCGUCCCUUUUUUGUAGUGAUGGGACAGCUCUCUUAAAACUUUACAAGGGUGCGUUACGUCACGUCAGAGGGUUACUGGCAGUUCAAACUCUGACACCAGGUUGUACAUCAACCGUACAAUAAGACGUUAGUGUUGUGUUUUCAGUGUGAUGUUAUUCAAAAUGUGUAUGAAGUGUUUCGUGUUAGUGCUGUGUUGUGGGAGAGUGUUGACACAGAGGCUCGACCCUGGUCCAGGAUUACAUGAAAUGCCAAGGAGUUCGGAUACUCUGUUACCGCCGUCUGAACCGUGGCCUAAUUUUAAAGACGACCCCGGGCCUCCAGACCGGUACCCAGUCCGGCACGCUGGUCUGCCGCACAAGCUUGAAGUGUUUCCUCUGCCGCUGAAGGACUCUGACCACGAACUCAAGUUCAAUGUGUCCUGGAUUCCAUCUCUAAGAAGACCAGCAAAGGACUAUUCGUUGGAGGUGCGAAGCAUAACAGAUACGGUAGACUGUCAGUCACCGAUGUGUUAUGAAUACAACAUUCCUGGGGAGGCGACGUGGUGGUUGAUCCCUGCCUUCUCGAACCCCGUAGCGGAGAUGUGCGCUGUGCGACCGGGAUGCGCGUACAUGGUGCGUCUGAUUGCCCACCCGUGGGAUGGGCACACUUCCGCAAACCUCCAUGUGGAACUUGAUGAAUGUGUGGUAGGCGUAUGCUCUUGCGCUCACUCGCCACGCCUGCCAGCGCCGGAGGUCACAGCUGAGACCGUCACCAUCCAAGGCGAGAUGUUCACCAAUGUUAGCUGGACCCUGCCCAGACCCGCCUACCCUCAAAGACUGCCCUCAGCCAAGCUGGGAAAGCACAGUUAUGUGAUCAGUCUGGGCAAACAAAUGGUGUCAGAUGCUCAUCCAGCUCCAUGGUUCGCAAACACUGUAACUCGUGAAGUGGAUGCCGAUGGAUACGUAUCAGAGGGAGACACAACGCGAUGGCUACUGCUUCCUGUAAGCGAACGAAGUGUGGAACGAACUGGGGAUAAAAGUGGAGACCGAAGUGGGGACCAAAGUGUAAAUACAGUCAAAAGUGGUCCAACCAGUGCGCAAAGUGUGCGAAGUGCAAAUGGAGUCAAAGUUCUGAUUCCCGAAGUGAAGUUAUUAGCUAGAGUGAAUUUGAUUGAUGAUAGAGGGUGUGUGGGACCUGCGGGCAAUGCCACUGCUUUUGACCCUUCGGCAAAAACAACGAGUAAAUUUUCAUUUGGGACCUACGUGGUGCUCGCAGCGCUAGCCGGGGCAUGGCUUAUGGGAGCAGUGUUUGCUUUGAGUGCUCGCAUUGUGAAGCGGGUCCUGAAAUCCUUUAGACCUGCUCCCGUAUCCGCGCCUCUUGAACCCCUCAACAGACGGCCUGCCUGGUUCCCGUUGCAGCUGCGUACGAAUAAUGAAAUUCCGGCGCGAGGUCAAAUGGAAGAAAGCCCGCUGUACACGCAAAAAGAAUUUGAGGUGGAAGUGGAAGAUGGUGAUGAGUGGGAGGUGAGCAGGUCACGCGUCCACCUCGGAGCACUUAUCGGCAGCGGCGCCUUCGGCAGGGUGCACGCCGCGACCCUCGACAUGCCUGGGGGAGAAACCAUCAUGGUGGCUGCGAAGAUGCUUACAGAAGAAGUAAGUGAAGAAGAAAUCCAAGACUUUCUCCGUGAGAUAGAGAUGUUGAAGCACGUCGGAUCCCACAAGCACGUCAUCCGUCUGAUCGCGUGCUGCACGCGGCGCGCCCCCCUCAUCGCGCUGCUUGAGCACGCGCCCAGAGGAGACCUGCUCUCACUCCUGAGGGCCGCCAGAGGAAGAAGGAGAGAGGGUGAGAGAGAGAGUCAAGCUUCAACUGUUACAAGAAGAGUUGAUAGCUCGCAAGGACGGCCGUCGGAAGCUGAAUCUGAAUACACGAACCUGAGUGAUUCAGAUCCAGCCCUUUCCGAAGGCAAAUUGUAUAUAGAUAGUGAUAAGAAAAAGGACCAUUAUGUGGCAGAGCCUGCCCUUCAGUUAGACGGUAGCACAAUGAGGGAAUAUGCCCUACAAGUAGCAUUGGGCAUGAGACACUUAGAAGAAAGAGGUAUUACUCACAGAGACCUGGCUGCGCGUAACAUCCUAGUGGACGGCGCAGGCCUCCUCAAAGUGGCGGACUUCGGGCUCUCCCGGUCUGGGGUUUACGUCCACACGCGGUCUCGGCCGGUGCCUCUGCGGUGGCUAGCCCCAGAGGCCAUACUUCACUCGCAGUACUGCAGCGCCAGCGAUGUCUGGGCCUUCGCCGUGCUUCUUUGGGAGAUUGCCACAUUAGGUGGCUUCCCGUACGCUGAACUGAGUAACCACCAAGUACCUUCAUUCCUGGCCGGCGGGGGUCGGCUCCCAAAGCCGGUACGAGCUUCACCGAGACUCUACCAGCUAAUGGUAGAAUGCUGGUCCGAGGAUUCCGCCGACCGACCGACAUUCGCCGAAAUCGUCGACAAAUUGACAGUCCAGAAACAGUUGUACGUCGACCUGGACUGCGUUUUCCCGCCGUCUGAAGACGAGGUCACGGGGUUAAGUGACCUUGACUUCAGCUUCGCCAACGGUUAUCUAAACCGAUGACCCUUGUAAAGACUGAAUAUUUUAAUUGUUAUUAUUGUCCGUUUGUCAUCCUAUUUGCACAAUAAACUUGUACAAAGUA